UUUCAAUCCCUCCAUAGCAGUCGCGAACGAACAGAAGUAAUAAAUACUGCAACACGGAUGGCAAAGAGCAAUGAAGUUCUUGCGCCGUGCCCGAUCAUGUCGCGCGAUGUUUUUCAAAUAUAUGUCUACGUGGCAUUCGUCGUCGCCGUCGUCACGGCUGACCAGGCGGAAUGCGAUAAAACGAAAUGCCCGGGACCGUUGCGAUAUUACGAGUCUCUCCAAUGUAAACCUGUGUACGAAAAUGAAGGUGACUGUUGCGCGAAGAAAUAUAAUUGUGAUCACCUAAAGGAGAGGUCUAAGGACAAGUGUUAUGUUAAUGGUAAAGAGUACCAAAUCGGUGAAGAUCUUGAGCCUGAUGACACAAAUCCAUGCGACAUCAAUUGCAGUUGCAAACGUGGAUGGAAUAAUGAUGCAGAAGUUGCUACGUUUGUAUGUGCUGGCUUCGAUUGUGUCUUCAUGGCAGUACAACCUGGUUGCUAUGAGCGGGGAAACCUGACAAACUGUUGCGGUGAAGGAGAGGAAGUUUGUCCUGUAAAAUUGGAAGACAGAGCUACUUGCGUUGUAGAUGGAAAGAUAUAUAAAGACGGCGAGUUUUUCCAAGUGAAAAAUGAACCAGAGUUGAAUUGUGUCUGUCUACCGGGAUACGAAGGCAAAAACAUUGAGCCUUUCUGUGUCAAACCUAAGCGUCCAUAUUGCAGUCCUGACUUCCGUGAUGCAAGCAACAUUCAUCAAAAUUGUGCUCCGGUAUUUUAUGACAAUCAAUCGCCUCAAAUCGAUUGCCCUUUCGCCUCAAGAUGCCAGAACGCUAAUGACACCGUAAUUCAUAAUCAUGAUGAUUUGAGAUCUGAAGAUUCGAAUGAUGAGAACGUGUGUCUGUUUGGUAAUCUAAAGAUGCAUAUUGGCGACGAAUUGAAUAGUGAUACGGAUUUUAGUUCCAUCUGUGUUAAAUGUAUUUGCGAAGUGCCGCCUGUACCAACUUGUCAAUUUUUACCGGAUAGCGAAUGCGAUGUCACAAAGUAUUAUACAAUUUUCUAAUCGACACAUAAGUCCUUAAAUCCUGAUAAGUCCUGACCAUCCUUGUUUUAUGCCACUUAAGAUCUUUGUAAAAUAAAACUUCUAAAAACUUUCAAUAAUAAUAAAAUUUUCGUUUACAUCGA